CUCCUCCCCUCCCCUCACCCCCCUCCACUCCUCCGUCACACUUGAUGUUUAGAUCUUUUAGUGUAUUAUAAUUGUUACUGUUAUUACUAUGAUCCUAGUCCCGGCCUUUAGGGGAGCUGGUGAAGACCCUGGCUGCUCUCUGAAGCGCUGCCUCCAGCACUGUUGUACCGCCAGACCACAGAACACGUCAUACAGGAACGCACCGAGACCCCCGUCCAGACCGCCGCUCUGAAGAACCACACGAAGGCAGCGGUGGCCAAACACACCACAGGAAUCUGAACGAGGUUCAACCGCCGCUCUGAAGAACAUUCUCAGGCUCCCCAAGGACACAGGAGGCGGAGGAGGAGGAGGAGGAGGAGGAGGAGGAGGAGGAGGGGAGAGGAGAUAAGAAUGAAAGGGUCUUUCUGUGGACGUGGAGGCAGGGUCUUCAGCUCGGUGGACGAUGAGAUGUUGGGAGGGGAGAAGAUAAGACCUCCGGAACACUCCCCCUGAGGACACACACAUGGUUCUACACACACACACACACACACAUGGUUAUGCACGCAGACACACAGACACGCACCCACAUGUACACAGACACACACAUAAUUACAAAUGCACACACACGCACACACAUAAUUACAAAUGCACACACACGCACACACACAAACACACAUAAUUACAAAUGCACACACACGCACACACACAAACACACAUAAUUACACAUUCACAUACACACACACUUCAUUACACACAUACAUAAAUAAAUAAACACACACACACACACACACACACACACACACACACACACACACACACUGUGCCUAAAUAAUAGCAUUGUACUAAUAUUAUUCUUCUGAAAGCCAUGUACAAGCCACAGGAAUGUAAAUAUUAUUGAACUUUAUGAUGUACGUUUUUUAAGAGCUACCACUGGUAUAUAUGAUAUGAUAUAUAGUAUAUGUGUGCAACACGAAUACACACGUUUAUCUCACUACCCUGAACUCGUCUGGUGAUUUCUUCAACUUUUCGCUGAAUCGGCGAUUCAGUUUCCCGCCACCGCGUCGUGAUGUCAGUGUUUCCACGAGCUGAACCGACGGUAAUCCGGCAUCAUUUACGGUUUGUAUGUCCGCCCAAAACACACACAUAAAAACACGCAAGCGCACAUACAACCACACGCACAAGAAAAACACACGCACAUACACUCAUACACACAAAAACACACCCACAGAUACAAAAAUCGGACACACGCACACACGCAAACACUGACACGCACGCGCGCGCGCACACACACACACACACACACACACACACACACACACACACACACACACACACACACACACACACACACACACACACACACACACACACACACACACACACACACACACACACACACACACACACACACACACACACACCUUACCGUUUUUUAGAGCUGCUCUCUAGCGACGCCCUGUGGUCGUGAGGCAGAAAUGCAGACCGACGGACAACCAGCUUCCGGAUGUCUGACGCGGUGGAGGUGGAACCGCUUACCCUGCAGAGCGCUGCCGCACCGCGGGGCUUUUAGCCGUCAUUCCACGCUCCAUGCAGCCCGCCUUUCUGCUGUCACUCACCCGGACUAAGUCCUCCCGAGAGACCGUGUAACCGAUCCGAGCCGUGCCGGUCAAGUGCACACAGCCGGUAAUUCUACCUAUUGAAGAAUUUAAAGUAGUACUUAAUAGUAGGCCUAGUCGUUGUGUGUGUGAGUGCGUGUGCGUGAGAGUGCGUGCGAGUGCGAGUGCGUGUGUGCGUGUGUGUGUGUGUGUGUGUGUGUGUGUGUGUGUGUGUGUGUGUGUGUGUGUGUGUGUGUGUGUGUGUGUGUGUGUGUGUGUGUGUGUGUGUGUGUGUGUGUGUGUGUGUGUGUGUGUGAGACUGAUGCGCAUCCGGUUGCCAUGGAGAUUUUGCCGCGAGUGAAACAAAGUCCAGGUCGAACUUUGCUUGGAAGUCCAGAGCGAGCGGAACGCGGCGGAUCUGACCUGAGAUCGGCCAGACGGAACAGCGCGAGCAUGGCGGGCCCCCAGCCGGAGGACCGGCUCCGGACCCUCCAGGUCUACCGCCUCCUGCAGGCCGUCCACCGGGGGGACCAGGAGCAGAUCACCAAGAUGGCCGCCGUGGGGGUGGGGGGCCUCCUCAACCUGCAGGAGCCGCGAGACGGCACGGCCGCGCUGCACCUCGCCGCCGCCGGCAACGACCUGGAGAUGCUGAGCUUCCUGAUGUCCCUGGGGUCGCGACCCGACCCCCAGGACCACCGGGGUCGGACCCCCGCCAUGCUGGCCGCCGAGCAGGGUCACGACCCCGCCCUGACCCUGCUGGCCCAGAACCACGCCGACAUGAACCUGCUGGACGCUGAGGGCAAAGGCGUGGUGUUCUACUGCGUGCGGCCGACCCGCCGCCACGGCCGCUGCCUGCAGGUGGCGCUGCGCCACGGGGCGGAAGUGAACGGCCUGGCCCUGGACGGCGGCUCCGCCCUCCUGCUGAGCGCCCACAGCGCCCCCGCCUGCAACGCCACCAGCCUGACGCUGCUGGAGCGGGGGGCCGAGCCCAACGUGGCCAAUCAGUCCACAGGGGUGUCCCCCCUGAUGCUGGCGGCCCAGACCGGUUCCAUCCAGCUGGUGCGGGCCCUACUCCAGAGGGGGGGUCUGCCGGGGGCCCGGGACGCCCAGAACCAAACGGCCGUGCACUACGCCGCCAGGGGGGGCUUCUUCGAGGUGAUCCAGGUGCUGUGUGCGUACGGAGCCGAUGUGGGCGUGGUCAGUGUGGCGGGAAGGAGCGCCCUCCACGACGCGGCCGCCGUCGGCCACGCCCACUGCUGCAAGUUCCUGGCUCAGAGAGGGUGCAACCCCAAGCAGAAGACGUCCGACGGCGUGCUGCCGCGGCAGAUCGCCAAGGAGGCGGGCCACAAGGCCGCCGCCAAGGAGCUGCGGCGGGCAGAGAGGACUCUGGGUAAGGCCGGGGGGGCGGGCCCCGCGGCGGCGGCGCCCUGGGCCGUGGCGCUCUACGAUUGGUCCAACGAGCACCAGGCGGCCCUGCUGGCGGCGCUGCCCGGCCCCCCCGACGCCGUCCCCGUGGACCGCUUCCUGGAGGCCCUGGCCGCGCUGGGGGCCCCGGCGGGCCCCGAGCAGCUGGCGGCCGUGGUCGCCGCCCACGACCGGCGGCGGGACGGCGUGCUGAGCCUGGCCGACUUCCUGCGGGGCGGGCGCUACGUGGCCAAGGCCUUCCUGCUGGCGGCGUACGGCGCCAAGAAGAAGAAGGGCAAGAAGGCGGGGGGGGGGAAGGGCGGGAAGAAGCGCGGCGGCGGCGGGCGGCCCGGCGUGCCGCUGCCCGUCUGCACGCUGCCGCCCCACCUGCUGCGUCGCCGCGACGACGGCGGCCCGCCCCGCUUCCUGGUGGAGACGUCCCGCCACGUGACGGACGCGCGGCGCUGGGACCGCGACCGGCCCCCCCGCCACCCGCUGGAGGACGACUCGGCCUGGUACGUGGACCCGCCCCCCCGCGCCUUCGUGGACAUCGGCGCGGCGGUGAAGACGGGCGACCGGGAGACCCUGGAGCGCGCCUUCAGCCGGGGCGGGGGCGUCCCCGUCGACGUCACCGACCGCUUCUACAAGACCCCCCUCAUGGUGGCCAGCGGCUGCGGCAACUACGAGGUCGCCCGCUACCUCCUGGAGCUGGGGGCGGACGUGCGGGCGGUGGACCAGUUCUUCUGGACGCCGCUGCACCACGCGGCGCACGGCGGCCACCAGGAAGUCCUGCGGCUGCUGGUGGAGGCGGGGGCGCCCCUGGACGCCGCCGCCCUCAACGGGGCCACGCCCCUCAUGAGGGCCAUCGAGAGCUCCAGGCCCGCGUGCGUCGACUUCCUGCUCCAGGCGGGGGCAAAGGUCACGGCCGAGAACAAGCGAGAGCAAAGCUGUCUGGACGUGGCGCGGACAUACGCAGACGCCCGCAUCAUGGAGCUGGUCAGGACCAAGGUGGACUCGCUGCCCCGCCCCCGGGACCCCAAGAAGGGGAAGAGGAGGGAGGUCCAGACCAGACCCAGAGCGCCGGCCGCGCUCAGAGACAAGGCUAACACCACCCAGACCCCCUCGCUGGCCCCGCCCCCGGGCGUGGCGUCGGGGGGGUCGCUGAGGGAGUCGGAUGACAUCAUCCUCUACAACACCCGGAUCACCAGCGGGAAAACCACCGGGGUGGACAUCAGCUUCACCCCCCGAACGGUGUGGGGUAGGCGGCCGACCACCAGUGAGCUGAUGGGCAGGAAGGAGCGACUCCGAGAGGCUCUCGCCUCGGGGGUCGACUUCGAAGACCUCCUCCCCCCCUUCGACGAGGACCCGGCCCAGUAGACCCAGGACCCCUCCCAGUAGACCCAGGACCCGGCCCAGUAGACCCCGUGGACCUAGGACCCGGCCCAGUAGACCCAGGACCCCUCCCAGUAGACCCAGGACCCGGCCCAGUAGACCCCGUGGACCUAGGACCCGGCCCAGUAGACCCAGGACCCCGCCCAGUAGACCCAGGACCCGGCCCAGUAGACCCAGUGGACCUAGGACCCGGCCCAGUAGACCCAGGACCCCUCCCAGGAGACCCAGUGGACCUAGGACCCGGCCCAGUAGACCCAGGACCCCUCCCAGGAGACCCAGUGGACCUAGGACCCGGCCCAGUAGACCCAGGACCCCGCCCAGUAGACCCGGACCCCUCCCAGUAGACCCAGGACCCCGCCCAGUAGACCCAGUGGACCUAGGACCCCUCCCAGUAGACCCAGUAGACCAGGACCCCUCCCAGUAGACCCUAGUAGACCCAUGACCCGGUCCAGUAUACUCAGGACUGGCCCAUUAGACCCAGUAGACCCAGUAUACCCAGUAGACUCAAGACCCGGGCCAAACCCCGGAACAGACCCUCCCACAGAGGAUCAGGACUGUGGAAUGUCCAGCGUCCCCUCGGCUAACCCGGCUAGCUGCUUUAGCAUCUCAACUCCUCAAGCCAAGGAAAACAAUGGGUAGCCCGCUGGAAGCUAGGCGCUAGGAUGCUAAAGAAGCUAGAGAUGUUGGCCAAGAAGCCGGGUGUAGCAUAUUGACUAGCACAGCUAGCUGCCAUUCAAUCUUAAAUAAACAAUAAGUGCCUAGGCCAGCUGACUUCU